AUGCGGUGGCACUGGCUGGCUGGACCAACUUGUUGCGUCAGCGGCAGCAGUUGCGUUGUCCAAGGUGAAUGGUAUUCGCAAUGCACCCCAUCCGGGGGCACCUCACCACCUCCGCCUUCCGCUCCACCCCCCGCAUCUGGGUCAUCAGCAUGCCUGGCAUCCGCCGACGGCUUUUCCUCGCUCAAUGGAGGAACGACUGGUGGUGCGGGCGGAACAACUGUCACUGUCACUAACCAGUCCGACCUUGAUAAAUAUGCCAGUGCUUCAGGUCGGCAUGUCAUCAAGGUUCAAGGCCGAAUCACUAUCACACCAUUUGGUAAAGAGGUUCGGGUCUCAAGCGACAAAACCAUUGUGGGCAUUGGCUCAACGGGUCAGAUUUAUCAAGGUGCGUUCCACUAUCGUGUAGUCAUCAGUGAGACUUCAGCUAAAACGCCCAAGGCGGCUUUGCCAUUCAUGGGGGAACACGCCAAUGACUACAGAGAACGACUACGAUGGGAUUCAGUCCGUUUGCUGGAGAAUGGCGGCGAUGGGUUGCUCAUUCUGAGAAAAGACACAACCUUCUUUACAGUGUCCAACAACAUCUUCCGGAAUCACGAUAAGGCUUUUGGUAUUGGUUGGACGGAAAAUGUUGUGGCGCGCGGCACCAUCCAUCACAACUGGUUUGACCGGACAAACCAACGCAACCCAAGCGCCGACAACCUUGCUCAGUGUCAUCUCUACAACAAUUAUGUCUUGGGAGUUACUUCAUAUGGCCACUACGCCCGUGGGUCUACAAAUGCUCGGGUGGAGAAUGUCUACUUUGAGAGUUGCCGCAAUCCCUUGACCAAGGAUUCAGGAGCGAUUCUGAAUGCUUCGGGUAACAUCUAUCAGUCGUGCACGGGCACUGUGGCUGCAAACUCAGGCACAGCGUUCCAGCCGCGCGAUUACUACAGCUGUACUCUCACCGCAACAGCCGAUGUACCUUCUCAUGUCAAAGCCAAUGCGGGACCUAGGGCAUCAGUGUGCCCUUCGUGA